CUCAAACGUCAAUUCCAUCUAGUUUUUUUUUUAUGUAAUUUAGGGGAAUUUGCUUAUAAUAAGUUUAUUACCCCAAAUGGAUGAUGGCUUCUGAAGAACACAUUCAACUUUCUGAUUUUAUUAAAAAAGUUCAUCAAAACCUUCGUGUUAAUACAAAAGUGUUAGGUUCUGAAGAAGCUUGGAAACAACAUUGCGAAAAUAACCACCAAUUGGAACGAUAUGCCGAGUCAAUGAAGGUUUUGGCAACCAAAUUUUGGUCAGAAAAAGAGGAAAAGACUACUUCUAGGAUUUUAUGGACUUUAGAUUUAUGUACAAACUAUUUUAAUAAUUUAAUUUUAAAUUUGCAGUUAAAAGAAUAUGAAAUAGCCCAAAAAAUUAAUCUUUCACUAAACUCUAAGGACCAUAUGGUAAAAAGUAAUCAAUUAAAAUUGUUAGAUGUGGGUAGUUGUUAUAAUCCUUUUAAAGAAUUUGAUUUAUUUGAUGUAACCGCUAUUGAUUUAGCUCCUGCAUUACCAGAUGUCCUACAAUGUGACUUUAUUAACUUAAAAAUAUGUGAAAUAACUAAAAUAUCAAACAAUACCAUUAAUAGUUUAGCCCAAGAUUCAUUUCAUGUGAUCGUUUUUAGUUUAUUAUUAGAAUACUUACCCACUCCGGAAUUUAGAUUUAUUUGUUGUGAGAAAGCUUAUAAAUUAUUAAAACCAGAAGGUUUAUUAAUUAUAAUCACACCUGAUUCAAAUCAUGUCGGUGUUAAUGCAAAGUUAAUGAAAACUUGGAGAUUUAUUUUAGCUCAAAUCGGUUUUUCAAGAAUUAAAUAUGAAAAAUUGAAACAUUUACACUGUAUGGGUUUUAGAAAGAGUUUAGCUAAAGAAACUAGUCAAAGAUGGGCUAAUAUUUAUGUCAAAAAUGAUUUAUAUGAUAAAAUUUAUAUACCACAAGAUUUAAAUAAAGAAUGAAAUUAUCAAGAAA